AUGCAAGUUUCACCUUUUGGUGCGUCUCCAACGGCUUCGUCGGUAUCGAAAAAACUGCGCUCGAAGGAUGUUACCACUACAGAAAUCUACGAUAUUUCAGUUCAGCUUUUGGAAGGCAGUAUAGCGGUUCAUUUCCCGAAAAAAGAGAUCUUCGUGCUGGAACUGGUCGUAGAUAGAUGGAACAACCAGCGAAAUACGCAGUUCAAGCGGGACCCGCAUAUGUGGCGGCUCUUCAAUCAAAUGUGGGAAGCGGUGGGCUCUGACCCGCUACGCAAACAGAUAUUCAGAAAUCUACGCUAUGUGCCGCAUCUGAUCCAAACGCUCGAGCUGGAAGACAUGGAGUACACUAUAGAGCUUGCAGAAGUACUGGCUACGAAUUUUGAGCUUUUGAACUCGUGCUUCAUCGUAGAAAUGGCGCAGGACCAAGCCAUGGCAAUUAUUGCAGGCAUUCUCAGACUUGCUUUGCAAGUCCCAGAGUUGAAGCGUGUUUGGAGAGAGAAACUUUUGAGUGAAACAUUAAAACUCACACAAUUCUUGUCGGAUGUCGUAAUCAACAGCGCCAGCAAACUAAGUCAGAGCUUCUGUUCCAAACUGCUUUCGUCCAUUUUGCAGUACAGUGCAGAAUAUGAAGACGAAUUUGUUCCCGCUUUAUGUGGCCUCAUGGAUACGUACCUUUUCGCUCCCGAGGUUGACAGUGUCAAACUGCUGUCACAGUUUCUAGCAGCGCAAGAGAGCGAUCUUCCAGAUCAGUGCUAUAUUAUAUUAUACCGCAGAUGUAUAAAAGCGGUACCCAAGAACUCAUUGGUUGAACUGGAGGAGAUAUUCGCACUAAUAGCCAAGACGCGCCCAACCCUAAAUUCCAUUUUACUGCAAGAGCUAAGUUCACUGAAGAAAACUCUGUCCCAGGAGUUCUUGGAGUCAUUGUUCGAAGAAAAUUUCCAGAGAUCCGCUGACUCUUCAGGCGAGUCCACCAGAUCUUUCUGGGCAAUCACAAAUCAGAUUCUAAAGCUCGAUAUUGAGGUGGGAAUCAUAAAUACGACAAGGAUAAUGGAUAAAAUGACUAAGACACCUGUAACCGACAUUAUAAUUACCGUAUGGGAUACCCUGAUCGAAUGUUACGUGAAUGCUAGAGAGCUUCCGCAAUUCCUAGAUCUUUGGAAAAGCUACAGUCAGUCUCCGGACAAGUCCACUAUUUUUGUCGAUGACGCCAGGUUUCACUCAAAAAUCACAGAUAGAGUUCCUUUUAUGUCGUCCACUCAGAUCAAAGCAUAUCUCAACACAAUCGCCGACGAGCUCUCGCAAAGUGACCACGACGUUCAACUAAAGAUGAAGCUUUUGAAUGUACUUGUCAUGGGGAUAUACAAUUUGUCGUAUAGCACCCUUCCAGAACUUGAAGAAUCGUUGACACGGCUACUCGAAGCCAAUGAACACAAAUACUCGGAGUAUUGGACAUUCACGUACCAUUUUUUGAAUGUCUACGCUGACUUUUUCCCCCACGACCGUCUUUCACAAAUCCAAGCGAUGCUUUUCUCUUCUUUCAAUGGAACAGAAUCAACAGCAGCAUUUCUUACUGCUCUCAUGUUGAGAGAGCUGAAAGAUUUUGAUCUUGUAGAGAUAUUGGGCAAAUUUAUGAAACGUUUUCGUCAAUUCGAUGGACUUCAAAAGCGCGAACUACUAAAGGAUCUCUUCUGCAAUUGGAGUACGCUCCUAAAUUCAUGCUUCAGUGAGGAGCACUUAAAAGAGCUGAUUGAUCAAUUGCUACUCGCGCAAAACAUUCACUUACUUGACUUGAUCACAUCGUCGGACGACUUUUUUGAAGAGUCUAGAAUCAUGGGCGUACUAACCGAUAGAUUGUGUGACAAUACCUCGAAUGAUGAUGUGGUUGGGAGGCUACUCAAGAUACCAAUACAAUGCAUUAGUAAAACUACGAGGGUGAAAGCUAUCGAUGCAGUGUGCGGGAAGCAGACACUGAGCACAUUUGAUUUCGAGCUAGUCUCUCGUCUGCUUUCGAACCCUACUUUCAAGUCCAGAAUCGAAAUGGACGUUACUGUUCUGGAAAAAAUCUUGAAGCAGGAAACCUUCUUGUUCCAGGUAGGUAAUCAAAUCGUGGAAAAGGUCCUGUCUAAUCAUGUUGCACAAAUGAAAGACGCUAGCAGCAAGCUUUUCAUCAAAAAUUUGACUGCGCAUUUGACUAUGAGGAUGAAAACCGUAUUCGACUUUACCGCAUGCAAGAUGGCAUUUUUGUUUUCGAAAGCCGUUGAUUUCGAACAAGAGAUGACUGGUGCAUUACAAGCCGCAUUGACGAAUAGACUAUGUUCGUUUGUUGUUGAUUUGAAAACAAACCCAGAAGACAAGCAUAUGGUCCUUUGGUCACUGCAGGUGCUUUACGAUAUUUACGAGUCUACUGAAGUUAGCUCACUUAAGGGAUCUAUUAAUUCAUUGACAAUUAACACUGCUAAAAAGGUAUCACACGAAGGCUUCGACGACGAGAUGAAAGCUGCCUUUUUCUCUCUAUUUUGUGGCACGAAUUCAGACGAACCAACCUUCUUGCUGGCUCACUACAUGGUUCUGAGGACUCAUAUAGCGAAAGACCGCAUUUAUCGUGCCAUUGAAAAAGUUGUUAUGAGAGCAAGUACCAACUUUGACCUUUUCAACGCCACACUGUUCGCAGCAGUCUCAUCCAUACAGGAAGAUGAUCAGAACUAUACAGAGAGUAUACUGGAAUCACUGGACUUGCUCUUCCGAAAUAUUGCAAAGGACAAUGAGAAAGGCAGGAUGUUGUUUUCCAGCGCACUUUCGGAAAUCAAUACCCAUCUUGAAACUGUGGUAAGCUCCCAUACGAAUGCUUUUCUUUGUUUCCUCGAAACAUUGAAGAGCUUACUUGUUUGGAAGCCUUGGCUUUUCAGCCAGCACUCUAUUGAAACACUUUUCCCAUUUUGUCUUCGAGCGAAUGCAGCUGUAAUGGAAGUUAAUGGAUUAGAGAAUGAUGCGGUAUUUUCAUGCACAUCUCAGCUCUUGUCGCAUGUUUUGAUGUACCAUCGUUUCAAGCUCACAGAUCGGCACCACUUGGUGAUCUCGUAUAUGAACUCGGCUUUGGAAAUGCUCACAGUGGGCUCACGUUACGGACUUUCUCCAGAAUCUGCAGAAUCCUUUAGCAGGCUUCUCACGAUUUUCUGUGAGCCUUCGAAUGACGUAAAGAACAAUAAAAGUAAAUCUCUACAGUCGCAGAUCAGUCAGGUCAGAAAAUCAUUAAGAAGGCAUGCCUCGGCUUUGCUUCUGAAGUACAUCAGCCUGGCACUGGGCUCGUCCUUCGACAAUCGCGUUAAAGAAGCUCUGACUUCUGGAUUCUUUUCGGUAUUUGACGUUCUCUCACAAGCCGAGUUCACUGCCACGAUUGCUUUCUUGGACAGCCCCGGACGAAUCUACUUCAAGGCCCUUUACGCGGAGUAUAAAAGAAGUGGUAAAUGGCACGAAGGAUGA